AUGGGCAACGUCUGGGCCGCCGGGUCCCCCCCUCCCCCCCCCGCCGCCCCUCCCCCCCUGCUGCCCGUGCCCCCCCCCGGCUUUGGGGCCCCGCCCCCCGUCAGCGGCCUGGGUGGGGGAGGGGCGCCCCUCCCCCCGCGCGCCCCCGAGGGGGCGGAGCCUCUGCCGAACCCCGGAGCCUUCGAGGAGUGCCACCGGCGCUGCAAGGAGCUGUUCCCGGUGCAGAUGGAGGGGGUGAAGCUGACGGUGAACAAAGGGCUCAGCAACCACUUCCAGGUGAACCACACGGUCGCCCUGAGCACCCUGGGAGAAUCCAAUUAUCACUUUGGGGCCACCUACGUGGGCACCAAACACCUGAGCCCCACCGAGGCGUUCCCGGUGCUGGUGGGGGACAUGGACAACAGCGGCAGCCUCAACGCCCAGGUCGUUCAUCAGCUCAGCUCCAAAAUCCGCUCCAAGGUCGCAUUCCAGACCCAGCAGUCCAAGUUUGUGAACUGGCAGGUGGAUGGGGAAUAUCGGGGCGGCGACUUCACGGCGGCGCUGACGCUGGGGAACCCCGACAUCCUCAUGGGCUCAGGGAUCCUGGUGUGCCAUUACCUGCAGUCGGUGACGCCGCAGGUGGCGCUGGGGGCGGAGCUCGUUUAUCACCGGCGCCCCGGCGAGGAGGGAGCCGUGCUCUCAUUGGCCGGCCGGUACUCAGCCCCAUCGUGGAUCGGGACGGUGACGCUGGGCCAGGCCGGGGCUCACCUGACCUACUACCAUCGAGCCAGCGAGCAGCUGCAGGUGGGGGUGGAGUUUGAGGCCAGCACGAGGCUGCAGGACUCGAGCGUCGCCUUCGGGUACCAGCUGGAGCUGCCCCGCGGGAACCUCCUGUUCCGAGGGUCCCUGGACAGCUCCUGGCAGGUGGGGGCGGUGCUGGAGAAGAAGCUGCCGCCCCUCCCCCUGACGCUGGCGCUGGGAGCCUUCAUCAACCACCGCAAGGAGAAAUUCCACUGCGGCUUCGGCCUCACCAUCGGCUGAGACCUUCAUCUUCAUCAUCCUCACCUUCAUCAUCCUCAUCUUCAUCAUUGUACUGAGCUUCAUCUUCAUCCUGGGCUUCGUUAUCCUCAUUAUUGUCACGGACAUCCCAACCAUCAUCAUCCUCAUCAGCCACCGGAAGGAGAAAUUCCACUGCGCCUUCGGCCUCACCAUCGGCUGAGACCUUCAUCAUCCUCAUCCUCAUCCUCACCUUCAUCAUCCUGACCAUCAUCAUCUUCAUCAUUGUACUGAGCUUCAUCUUCAUCCUGGGCUUCGUUAUCCUCGUUAUUGUCAUGGAUACCCCGACCAUCAUCAUCCUCAUCAAGCACGGGAAGGAGAAAUUCCACUGCGGCUUCGGCCUCACCAUCGGCUGAGACCUUCAUCAUCCUCAUCCUCAUCUUCAUCUUCAUCAUCCUCAUCAUCGUCCUGAUCUUCAUCUUCAUCCUGGGCUUCGUUAUUGUCAUGGAUACCCCGACCAUCAUCAUCCUCAUCAGCCACGGGAAGGAGAAAUUCCACUGCGCCUUCGGCCUCACCAUCGGCUGAGACCUUCAUCUUCAUCAUCCUCAUCUUCAUCUUCAUCAUCCUGACCAUCCUCAUCAUUGUCCUGAGCUUCAUCUUCAUCCUGGGCUUCGUUAUCUCGAUAAUCCUCGUUAUUGUUGGCCACCAUCAUCAUCCUCAUCAAGCACGGGAAGGAGAAAUUCCACUGCGCCUUCGGCCUCACCAUCGGCUGAGACCUUCAUCAUCCUCAUCCUCAUCUUCAUCUUCAUCAUCCUGACCAUCCUCAUCAUCCUCAUCAUUGUACUGAGCUUCGUUAUCUUCAUUAUGGCCGUCGUUACCCCGACCAUCAUCAUCCUCAUCAACCACCGGAAGGAGAAAUUCCACUGCGCCUUCGGCCUCACCAUCGGCUGAGACCUUCAUCUUCAUCAUCCUCACCUUCAUCAUCCUCGCCUUCAUCAUCUUCAUCAUUGUACUGAGCUUUGUCUUCAUCCUGCGCCUCGGUAUCCUCGUGAUUGUUGGCCACCAUCAUCAUCCUCAUCAAGCACAGGAAGGAGAAAUUCCACUGCGCCUUCGGCCUCACCAUCGGCUGAGACCUUCAUCAUCCUCACCUUCAUCUUCAUCAUCCUCGUUAUCCUCGUCUUCAUCCUGGGCUUCGUUAUCUCGAUAAUCCUCGUUAUUGUUGGCCACCAUCAUCAUCCUCAUCAGCCACGGGAAGGAGAAAUUCCACUGCGCCUUCGGCCUCACCAUCGGCUGAGACCUUCAUCUUCAUCAUCCUCACCUUCGUCUUCAUCAUCCUCACCAUCUUCAUCAUCACCUUCUUCCUCAUCCUCAUCCUGACCUUCAUCUUCAUCCUGAUCUUUGUUGUUGUCGUCCGCCAUCAUCAUCCUCAUCCGAGCCUUCAUCACCUUCGUCAUCUUCAUCGUCGUCCUGAGUUUCGUCUUCAUCAUCUUCAUUAUUCUGGCCUUCAUCGUCCUCAUCAUCCUCCUGAGCUUCAUCAUCAUCAUCAUCAUCCUGGCCUUCAUCAUCAUCAUCAUCAUCAUCAUCAUCAUCAUCAUCAUCAUCAUCAUCCUGUCCUUCAUCACCUUCAUCUUCAUUGGCCCCGGGAAGGGAAUUCAUCGUCAUCAUCCUCACCUUCAUCAUCCUCACCUUCAUCAUCCUCACCUUCAUCUUCCUCGCCUGGGGAUGGGAGAGCUUCGUCGUCUUCAUCGUCUUCAUCAUCAUCAUCCUCUUCCUGAGCCUUCGGCCUCGUCGGGUUGGGUUUCCUCCUCCUCCUCCUCCUCCUCGGGGGGGUGAGGGACCCUCAUCAUCCUCGCUGUGAAAUGAGGGGCCUUCAUCCUCCUCCUCCUCCUCCUCCUCCUCCUCCUCCUCCUGAGCCUUCGACCUCAUCGGGUUCGGUUUUAUUCCCUCCUCUUCCUCCUCAUGGCCUUCGGCCUCAUCAAGUUUGGGUUUCUCCUCUUCUUCCUCCUGAGCCUUCGGCCUCAUCAGAUUCGAUUUUUUUUCCCCUCCUCCUCCUCCUGAGCCUUCGGCCUCAUCGGGUUCGGUUGUAUUCCCUCCUCUUCCUCUUCCUCCUGAGCCUUCGGCCUCAUUGGGUUCACGAUUCCUCCUCCUCCUCCUCCUCCUCUUCCUCCUCAUGGCCUUCGGCCUCAUCAAGUUUGGAUUUCUCCUCCUCCUCCUCUUCCUGAGCCUUCGGCCUCAUCAGAUUCGAUUUUUUUCCCCUCCUCCUCCUCCUGAGCCUUCGGCCUCAUCGGGUUCAGGAUUUCUCCUCCUCCUCCUCCUCCUCCUCCUCCUCAUGGCCUUCGGCCUCAUCGGCUUUGAUUUCCUCCUCCUCCUCCUCCUGAGCCUUCGGCCUCAUCAGAUUCGAUUUUUUUUCCCCUCCUCCUCCUCCUCCUCAUGGCCUUCGGCCUCAUCAAGUUUGGAUUCCUCCUCCUCCUCCUCCUGAGCCUUCGGCCUCAUCGGGUUCACGAUUCCUCCUCCUCCUCCUCCUCCUCGGCUUUGAUUCCCUCCUCUUCCUCCUCCCGAGCCUUCGGCCUCGCCGCUUUCGGGUUUCCCUCCCUCCUCUUCCUCUUCCUCUUCCUCCCCCACCCCCCAAAAUCGGCGCUGUCGGAGGGACCCCCCCAAAAAAACCCCAAAAAUUCCCAAAAAAUCCCAAAAUUUGGGAAAAUUUGGGGAGUCCAACCCAAAAAAAUCCCAAAAUUUGGGGAUUUUGGCCCAAAAAUGAACCAAAAAAACCCCAAAAUUUGGGAAAAUUUCCAGCCCCAAAAAAAUCCCAGAAUUUGGGGGAAAAAAAUCCAAAAUUUUGAGGAUUCAGCUCCCAAAAAAAUCCCAAAAUUUGGGGAUUUUGGCCCAAAAAUGAACAAAAAAACCCCCAAAAUUUGGGAAAAUUUGGAGCUUUUACCCCCCCAAAAAAAGGGAAAAUUUGGGGUUUCCUCCUCAAAAAACCCCAAAAUUUGGGAAAAUUUCCAAAUCCAAAAAAAUCCCAGAAUUUGGGGGAAAAAAUCCCAAAAUUUUGGGAUUCAGCUCCCAAAAAAAUCUCAAAUUUUGGGGUUUUGCUCCCAAAAAAAUUCCAAAUUUUGGGGUUUUGCCCCUAAAAAAAUCCUAAAAAUUGUGAAAAUUUCAGUUUCUCCUAUAAAAUCCCCAAAUUUGAGGAUUUUGCCCUAAAAAAAAGGGAAAAUUUGGGAAAAUGUGGAGAUUUUUAUCUCCAAAAAUUGGGGGAAAUUUGGGGUUCCUGCACUAAAAAAUCCCAAAAAUUGGGGAAAAUUUGGGGAUUUUGCCUCAAAAAAAUCCCAAAAAUGGGGAAAAUUUGGGGGUCCCUCCUGAAAAAAUCCCAAAUUUUGAGGAUUUUUGCCCGAAAAAAUCCCCAAAUUUGGGAAAAUUGGUGGAAAGUUGUGGAAAUUUGGGGGUUUUGCCCCAAAAAGCCCCAAAAUUGGGGAAAUUCCCCCAAUAAAGGAAAUGCUCUGGAA